AUGGCCUCAACUCUUCCAUCGUAUGAUUCUUCAUAUGAAGACUACAUAGAUAUGGACUUGUCUUCUUGCUCAACAAAUACUUCUCCACCACAGAGCAGAGAGUUUGAGUUCCCAUCGUGUUUCAUUUCAAAAGAAACUACAAAUUCCCCAGCUGAUGAACUCUUCUAUAAAGGAAAACUUUUGCCCCUCCAUCUUUCUCCCCGUUUGCGAAUGCUCCAAAAACUACUUAUGCAAAGCUCGAAACCAAAAGAGGCUUUUGAAGAAGAGAAAGCACCUUCCAGCACCCCACUAGAAGAAUCAGGCAACAAUAUAUCAUCCUCGGAAACCUGCAGGGUGAGUUGUGAACUGAACAUGGAUGACGAGUAUUUCUUCGAGUGGUCUACUGAAUUGAGCAGUUUUUUCCGUAGUAAUCAUCCGAAAAAAUCUUGGCCUAAGAAACUUAAGCUGAUUAAGAAUUCUAUACUUGGUCACAAGUUAAAGGCAUAUCUGAAAUCAUUUUUCAGUAGAUCUGAUGAGUCCUCCUGUGCAAAGGCUGCAACUUGCAAUGUAGAACCUGAAAAUUUGUCCAAAAAUAAGAAUUCAUUUGGCAAUAUUGAAGGAGCUGCAUAUCCUUGCCUAGCUACUAUAAUGAAGGGCAUUGAGAAAGAGGGGAUUCCUGAGGAUAAUUAUGUCCAUAGGAGGUCCUCAUUCUCAGGAGCAACAAAAAGUAAGUGCUCAUCUUCAUCCGGUGCUUCUUCCUUGUCCUCGUCCUGCUCGUUUAAUUUGAAUGCUUUUCACGAGUUUCACUUCCGCAAGAGUAGCAGCAGUGCAACAGAAAUUGAUGGUUCAAUUGAGGCAGCCAUUGCUCACUGCAAAAAGUCCCAAGUGUUCUUUGAUUCAAGAAAUACAUCUGGAUUUUCUUCAUUGCCUGGAAUCCCUGCUUCCAAUUAUCAACAGAGACUAGAUGUUAGCAGCAUUUAA